CGGAAGUAGCUCUUGUCUGUUCAUUUGUUUUGAACUUUGACCUCAGGUUUGUGCACGCUGGAAAUGGAAAUUCGGUGAAACAACGUGGAUAGCAAAAGUGUAAAGUAAAACUUAUUGAACGCAGCGUUGGUAAAUCGCGAUUGUCCCAUGUUUUCUUCCGCCUGGAUUUAAUUACCUGGAAUCCCAAACGCGGCUAAAAGAUGGGGAAGGCACCGAAGAAGAGGAGCCUUGCUGACAAGGUGUCCAAAUCCAAAACCUCUACCGUGAUCAAAAACAACCCGUUUGAGGUGAAAAUCAACAGGAAGAAAUUCGAUAUCCUGGGGAGAAAAACCAAGCACGACGUAGGGCUGCCUGGUGUGUCUCGAUCCAAGGCCAUAAAUAAGAGAAAAGAAACCCUCCUGAAGGAAUACAAACAGAAGAACAAGUCUAACAAAUUAAUUGACAGACGUUUUGGAGAGUAUGACACCAAGAUGGCACCUGAAGACAAAAUCCUACAGAGGUUCGCGAUGGAGAGACAGCGUGUCCACGAUAAGAAGGAUGUGUACAACCUGAAUGAGGAGGAGGAGCUGACUCAUUAUGGCCAGUCGCUGGCUGAGAUGGAGAAAUUCAAUGACACUGUGAAUAGUGACGAUGAAUCAGAAGAGAAAGGCCUUUUGUCAGCUGAGCUGACUGCCUCCCACUUUGGAGGAGGGGGCCUCCUCAAAAAGAAAACAUCAGGGGAUUCGCAGGAGGAAGAAGGAAGUCAGAGGGCCAAGUCCAGACAGGAGCUCAUUGAGGAGCUCAUCCGGAAGUCCAAGCAGGAGAAGCGUGAGCGACAGGUACAGAAAGAGGAGGCACAGGAGCUGACUGAGAAGCUGGAUCAAGAGUGGAAGAGCAUCCAGGCUCUGAUGGUGAAAAAGGCACCCAAAGCUGAAAGUAUAGACCAACCAGAGGAGAAGCCCAAGCCGGAAGAGUACGACAUGAUGGUCAGAGAGCUUGGCUUCGAGAUGAAGGCUCAGCCCUCUGAGAAGAUGAAAACCCCAGAGGAGCUCGCCCGGGAAGCAAGGGAGAAGCUGCAGAAACUAGAGGCUGACCGUCUGAGGAGGAUGAUGGGUGAAGAAGUUGGGGACACUGUGCAGAGUCAGAAUCACAUGUCUGCUGAUGACCUCAAUGAUGGCUUCAUCCUGGAUAAGGAAGACAAGAAGACUCUGGCUUAUGAGGAUGGAAAAUGGAACAUUGGAGAAGAGUCUGAGGAUGAAAAUGGGGACGAAGAAGAAGAAGGAGAGGAGGAGGAGGAGGGGGAGGAGGAGGAUGAGGAGGAUGAAGAGGAGGAAGAAGAGGACGAAGAGGAGCCGGAGGGCAGUAGUGAAGAAGAGGAUGGUCACUCAGACCUGGAGUCCGAGCAGGAAAGCGAGGAUGAGGAGAGAAAACAGGAGGAUGAAGAGACUAGCACCAAGCAGAAGAAGAUUCUGAGCAAAGAGGAGCUGAAAGCUCAGCAGGAGGCAGCUAAAGCAGAACUUCCAUACACAUUUAACGCUCCAGAGAGCUACAGCGACCUGAAAGAUUUACUCUGUGGCCACACCCCGGACAACCAGCGCCUCAUCAUGGCCAGGACUCAGAAGUGCAACCAUCCUAGUUUGGCUGUAGGCAAUAAGCUCAAACUGCAGAAACUGUUUGGCUUUCUGUUGGAGUACAUUGGAGAAUUGGCCACCUGGAGUCCACCUGAACUCACCACCAUAGAUAAGCUCAUACCAGAGUUGUAUGCCCUGUGCCAGUUGUUUCCAGAAACAGCCUGUACAGGUAUGCAGAGCAUCCUCAGAGACGCUGCACACAGCAUGGAGGAGGUGCUUGAGGUCAAAGGGCACGCUGCUUUCCCAACACUAGACAUGCUUAUCUACCUGAAGGUGACGGCUCUGCUGUUUCCAACUUCCGACUUCAGACAUCCUGUUACCACUCCAGCACUGCUUUACAUCAGCCAGGCUCUCACCAAGUGUCCGGUGAGAUCAUUAAAGGACUUGACGUCAGGACUAGUGCUGUGCUGUCUGGCAGUGGAGUACGUCUCUUUUUCAAAGCGCUUCGUUCCUGAGCUUGUCAACUUCCUGGCUGGAACUUUACAUCUGGCCGUGCAGGACAAGACCUCUCUAGGUUACGCUGUGGUGCCGCCGUUUAGACCGUCAGGGAAGUGCAGUGAUCUGCUGGUGCUGUCAGACUCUGAGUCCUGCAAGAGCUGGAGCAAGAAAAGCCUCCCAUUGUCUGCCACCCAACACCUGGAUCUCAAAAACGACCUUGAGAGUGAUCACCAUAGGUUGAUGUGCCUGUCCACUUGCCUGGACCUGGUGAAGCGGUGCUGCCUGCUCUACAAAGACCUUCUGUCUUUCACAUGCAUCUUCCAGCCAAUCAGAACAUUGCUUUCCAAAUAUCUUUCAGCCCAAACGUUACCAGAUGUUUUACAGGAGCUAAACCGUGAGAUCCUGGAGACCAUCAGCAGUGCUCCUGUGACUCACUGCCGACUGGUGUUAGAAAAGAAGAAGCCAAUUCCUCUGAAGCUCCUCACACCCAAAAUUGUUGAAGUGUUGGACUAUGGAAAGAAGCGUGGCAGCACCAGAGAAGAGAAAGAGAAGGAGCGUUUGAAGCACAAGUACAAGAAGGAGUUCAAGGGUGCCCUGAGGGAGAUCAGGAAGGACUCGCGCUUCCUGGCCAGAGAGAAGCUCAGUGAGGUCAUGAACAGAGAUGCAGAGAGAAAGAGGAAAGUGAAGGAACUCAUGGGCAGUUUGGCCACUCAGGAGGGAGAGUGGAAGGCCCUCAAGAAGAGGAAGAGGAAGUGAACUACAGAAUCUCGGUCUCCCAUCGAUUCUGUCCGUUAGCUGUUCCCUGUCAAAGGGACAUCUCGCAUCCAGCUGUGGACCACAACCUGUACGAGACUGAAAUCUGUGGAACUGCAAACUCUCUGCGUCUUUUUUCUUUUUUUAAUCCUGAGGAUAAAUUCCAUGUUGCAUAUUUUAUACUGUUUGAGAAAUGGCUUUCAGAAAUGCAUGCCGAGUUGUCAGAUAUUCUGAAGUAGGCGUUUUGAUGUGAGGACUGGAUACUGUUGUUCAAAGUGUCAGUCAAAACAGUGAAUAUUUGGUUCACAUUCUGACUGUUUGCCGCCACAAUCCAUCACAAUAGAAAAAAAAAAUAAAAUAUAAUUCUGUUCUUUUA